GUAGAGACGCACAAUAUGUACUUGCAUGCGUUAGAAAGAGAUGAUCAAACCCACGUGAGGAACAUCAACAAUAGAUUACAAAAAAACUAAGCCUACCUGGAAGGUAAGACGCUCGGGUUUUCCGCCCCCGCGCCGCUGCCUUCAGUUCAAGUCAAGUCAGUCUUAUAGAAAGCCUUCUCGUAGGCGAUCGUAUCGGAUCGGGUGACUUAACUUUUAAUUUAACCAAUAGUUUCCAGUUGAAGUAAGUUCAUUAGUGAUUUUUAUCGGUGGCCGAGUGGCAGACAGUGACGCUAUUCGGCAGUUGUUAAUUGCUUCCCGGUUUAACCACCUGCUGUACUAUUAGAUAGCUGCCGGUGUCUUCCCGCCUAAUUCACCUCUGUGGCUAAAUAGGUGCGAGUAAUAAAACUUCUGUGAGCAUAUCUGAACGUAACUUGCGGGGUGGAAUUCAAAUGUGAAGUUUCUUGGACGUGCGCAGUUUACUUAUUGCCUUAUACGAAGUUGUUGCGGACAGCGUUUGAUAGAGUUAUGUAUAUUUAGCGCGCGGCCAUUGUCUUCGAUCACAACUGGUAUGGAGAUUGAAUCUCAAUGAGGGAUCGUAUUCAAUUGAUUCGACGGACAGACAGUGUUCGUGUUUAGAGCGAGCUAUGUGGACUUGUUGGUGAAAUGAUCAAGUUUCGGUAUAAGCGAAAGGAAACGAAUGAUGGCGGGAAAGGUGGGACGGCGAUACAGAAGCAGAAAAUCGAGGGUUUGAAGGAUAGGGAGUUGCUGCCUCCUAAGGAUUUAAUAGGAGGCUCUCUCGCUGGUGUGAGGCACAACACUCUACCUCGAUCUCGCCCGCCGUCCGCUGCAAGACGAGACCCACCCGAAACACUUCUAAGUCAAACCACUUUAUCUCUAUUCAAAGAGCUAUUCGCUCAACUGCAAUGGUCAGCAGAACGAGCGCCAGCGGCCGACAGUCUCCGCAGGGCGUUAGGCGGCGGUGGGGCUCGCUUCCAACUUGGUUGCAUGGCCGACGCGAGCGAAUGCUUCGAACAUCUUCUUCUACGAGUCCAUGCUCACGUAGCAGCCGGCAGUGGCGACAAGCGAGAUGAUGACGCCUGCAGGGCACCACAUUGUGUGCCCCAUAGGAAAUUCGCUAUGAUGCUCGUGGAGCAGUCGGUAUGCGGUGCCUGUCAAGCAACUUCGGAACCUCUACCUUUUACUCAGAUGGUUCACUACGUCUCAGCAACAGCACUAACCGCGCAAGCAGCUCUUGGAGAACAUGGUGACAGCUUUGGCCUUCUACUGAAAAAGGCAGGGGGCAUGGGCGAUAUAAGAGACUGUCCUAAUGCGUGCGGAGCUAAAAUUCAAAUCUGCAGAACACUAAUGAAUCGUCCUGAAGUCGUAUCAAUCGGGAUGGUUUGGGACUCCGAAAGGCCAGCUGCCGAGCAUGUAGCGGCGGUCUACGCAGCUUUAGGUACCGAAUUACGUCCAACGGAUGCAUUCCACGCAUGCGUCGAUAGAGCCUGGGCAGCUCGCGCUACCCACCAACUUGUCGGUCUUGUGACGUACUAUGGCAAGCACUACUCCACUUUCUUCUUCCAUAGUAAGCUAAGGGUAUGGAUAUACUUCGACGACGCAGACGUCAAAGAAAUUGGACCGGAAUGGUCACAAGUUGUUGAGAAGUGCAAAAGAGGCCGAUUUCAACCUCUCUUGCUCUUGUAUGCUGCAGUAGAUGGUACGCCAUGUGAUACACGCCAUGCUCCUAAAGAUGUAGUGCCAUUCCCUGCACCCGAACCACGAAGAGCGGUUACUCCAGCUCCUGAACGGCCAAUAGCGAGUUAUGCCAGAAGAGCGGUUACUCCUGGCCCGGAUAACGAUAGUGAUUAUGUAAGUCGGAAAACUGUAGAAAAUAUGCUAGACGUUCAAGCUAGUCGACGAGCACAGUUAGCAAGAAGUCUAAGUACAAGCUCUGCUUCAGACACGCAAGAAAGACCGAGAGCCCGCAGAGAUUCUGGAAACUGGAGUGGAGAUAGAAACAGUGCAUCGUCAGCUUCAUCUUCGACAGUAGAAAGUCCAUAUAUGUAUCCAAGAGGCCGUGGACCUGGUAGCAUUCCUAGUAGCCCAACUAGAAAAGGAGAAUUAUCAAGUGGUGGUUCCUGUGACGCUGGUUAUGAUUCCUACUCGCUAUCAUCUACCGACAGCUUACCUCUUCAACAAGGCUUAAGACAUAAUUUACAACUUGCUCAGAUUCCUGAGUUGACCACCCGAGGUGAUUGUGAAGCUCUUUGUCUGGAAGCAGAUAGGUUAUUAGAAAAAUCGCGUCAUGCCGAAGACGCUGCUGAUUAUGAAACUGCUCUUGUACUUUGCGAUGCCGCAGCAGCUAAAGCUCGUGCUGCAAUGGAUGCACCUUAUAACAAUCCGCAUACAAUGACAUUUGCUCGAAUGAAGCAUAAUACUUGCGUGAUGCGGGCUCGUAGCCUUCAACGACGUAUGGCUGGAAUGAAUAGAGUCACGGAAAUUCCACAAACAGCGGCGGUGAGAAACACUAAAUGUGGGCUUGAAAGUUCGCCUACCACCAUCGAAAUUUAUGCGACCUUACCUAAAAAGAAAGGGUCAGCUAAGAAAUCGCCUAAAAACAUUGAAGACGAUAUAGAUAAUCCCCCUAGAGAACGUCCGCCACGACAUAAAUCUCGAGAGGAAGAAAAAGUGCGAGAGAAACGGUCGAGAAGCGAAGACCGGAGCCGUGCACGAAAGGAAAUAACCGUGGCACCGGAAAAAAAGGAAGAGCCCGCUGAAGACAAAAAAGCAAAUAAAAAACAGCACAAAAUUCGUAGAAAACUACUAAUGGGUGGAUUAAUAAGGAGAAAAAACCGUUCAAUGCCAGAUUUAACGGAGGGAGCAGAUGCGAACAGUGAAAAUAAAAACAAGGAGACGCGUGUAUCUUCUGUUGAUGACGCAGAUGUAGGGAGAAGAAAAGUUGAGGACAAGAGUAACCUGAGUGGUUAUUUGUCAGAAGGUCACUUAGAAUAUUCAGCGGCGAGUGGAACAAAUCCUAACUUAGAGAGAAGCAAACUAAUGAGAAAAAGCUUUCAUGGAAGCGCUGGUAAAAUAUUGACCGCUGCGAAAGUACCACCACCGCCGCCGCUGCGAACGACUUCUCAGCUUAGCGGGACUAAGUUCGAAUCAGAAGUAACAGAGCACGGUAUCCAGUCACGGCCACAACAACCUUUACCACCUUCCACUCACGGCGAAUAUUCCUAUUCUCAGGACAAUGAAGAAGAUUGUGGCUUUUCUGAACAAUACGGCGAGGAGCAUCAGUCUCUACCGUUUCUUCCAUCUUACGAUGAAAAUUCUAUGAAUCACUAUAACAAUAAUAGACUAGACGAUUCACCGGAUACGUCCCAAAAUUUUCAUACAGUGGUUACUAAAGCUAUGAUCCAUCACGAGCAGAGUCCAGUUAAAAGAGAUAAUAUGCCAAACAUAUUGCCCUCUCCACAUAAUAUUCAAAAUCUGACUAACGUAUUCGAUAACGGAGUGGAUGUUGUCGAUUGUGCAAUGCCAAGGAGAUCGCCACCAAUGUUCGAAUUACCACCAUAUCCGAGUCCAAUGAACUCUGUCAAUCACUCGAGACAGCCAAGUGAAGAAUUUCCGCCACCUCCGCCACCGAUCGUUAUAGCGCAACAAAACUUGAUACAAUUACAAGAUGAACUAAUUAAAUUGCAUCAACGUAAUAACAAUUCAGAUAAUAAUAAUUAUGGUAAUUAUAACAAUAGUAAUCAAACAAACGCACAAAACGAUUCACUUCUGGCCCAGCUACAAGAAAAAAGAAAUCAAAUUCUUAGAAAUGAAGACUGCAUUACAAAACUUAACCAAUUAGAAACUAUUGGCACACCUGGGGACAAUUGGCUAAAAGAAUUGCAAGCCAAACAAGCAGCUCUAAGAUUAAAAAGGUCUGGUUCCCUUGAGUGCCAGCUAUCGUCGAAUACUAAUGAAAAUCCUCCGCAAAACUUCGAAAAUAGUAGUAAUGUUAGGAAUAUAGCUUCCAGAUUCGAAAACAGUGCACAAAGUGUAUCUAACGAAGCAGAGCGAGCCCAUGUUGGUUAUGUUGGUAUAGGCGGAAGUCGAGACGUCAUAAAUUGUUCCAAUCAAUCUAACAAUAGGAUAUACGCAAGACGCGCUUCAUCAUCUUCUAUUGAUCCUAAGUAUACCGAUGACGAAGAUCAAAAGAAUGUAAAUGGUGCUCUAUAUGGCGACCGUACGAAACCUAAGAAAAAGUCGGUUUCUUUUUGUGAUCAAGUUAUUUUAGUAGCGACUGCAGAAGAUCAAGACGAUGAUAGUUACAUACCCAAUCCAAUUUUAGAAAGAGUAUUAAAGUCGGCUAUGAAUAAACCAGAACUAACCACUGUUCCGCUACAAACAGAAAAGUCAUCCCUCCAAAGAACAGAGUCUUUUGACAGUCAAUCUUCGAGAUCUACUAUAUCAGCAUUAUCACAAACAUCAUAUGCACCCAAUGAUGGCGGUCACGCCGACUAUUAUAGAGUACAAAACUCUUACCCCACGUAUGAAAUUGCUCAAACAAGGCCUCAACAACAAUUUAACCCUCAGAAGAGUACAUCUGUACACGGAACUAAUUCACCAGUGCAAUCAAACCAGAAUCCAAAUUUGCCGAUUAAUAAUCAGAUUUAUCAAGCUCUUCCGGCUAAUUCUCAACAGAAUGCUAGUAACCCGGUACCUUAUAAUCAACCACCAUCUGCAUAUUCCAAUCAAAGCAGCACCAGCCCACCAAACUUCAGCCACAAUCCUGCUAAUAGACUGACACCUACGUCACACAAUGCUCCUUAUAUAGCUAAACACGUUCCAAAUAUUCAAAGACCUAUGCCGAAUUCAUAUCCGCAUCCUACGGGUCAAUUGCAUCAAGGAAAUCCAACGCAAAACAACAGUUAUUACCAUUUAAAACCUGCGCCACCCUCUGUGCCUUACCCAAAUUACUACAACCCACCGACAAGCUAUCCUAACUCAGAUUAUUCUAGUCGAUAUCCCCAAGUGAAUAGUACAAAUCAUUAUAAUAAUAACCAUUCGCCUUACCAACGAGUACCACCGCCGCACGGCGACAUGCCAGUCGACCACUACAAUAAUAAUAAUAAUAAUUACCAGAAGAUACCCAAUAACCAUUACCUUGACAACAAUGCGAACAACCAAAGUCGCAUAAAUGACUCAAGAAAUUAUACAAAUUCUCAACAGCGCGCCCCAAUAUACAACCAACCUUCAGAUAACGACCAAUAUCAGUAUCCUCAAAAUGGUUACAACCCAUAUCAACAUUUACCGCCACCGAAACAAAUGCAGAAGAAAUCGGUGUCCUUCGAACCAGGUACCAAAGGGGGAACGGACUCUCCUGUACCACCACAGAUGGCCGGAAAUUAUGGGAGCGAAGGUCUGGCAACUACACUUAUGUCUGGACAAAAAUCGCCUUGUAAUUUAUGUCGUAAGAAAACUGUAAUCCCUCCGGCGAUAUACUGUCCAGACUGUGAUUACUACAUGUCAAGAUUCAAACCUCGUUCAUAGCACUAAUGACGUAGGCAACUAUGAUGAAAUACGAAUAAAUCCUACCGAAUAAAAAGAUUUUAUAGAUAUUUAAUAGUUAUUUAGUAAAAUGUAAACAGCGAAGUAAAUGCUUUUAAUGAUAAAAAAAUUAAAAUGCUUUUAAUGAUGAUAAAAUUUACUUAUGUAGGUACUUGAUUACAAUGUUUUGAUAAAUAUACAUAUUCAAUGAAGUGAAUACGACUGAUCUCAAUUAAGCCUUUUAAAGAUUAUUCCCUUCUCUAAUUUAAAUUUAGUACUUUCCUGCCUGUUUACUAAAUAAGUAUAUGAUGUAUAUGUAGGUAAGCUAUUUUUGUA